GAAGGAGGCACACUGCUUUAGUAAACACCGCUUCGCAUUUUUUCAGUACAAGCGCUAAAGCUUUAGUGUUACGUCGCUAGCAGCUAUAUUUGGCUUCCAGUACGGAGAUCAGAAAUCCCUUUAAAAGCAUGGCACAACAGCGGGGAGUCAAUAGCCUCCAGUUCAAUCAAGACCAAAGUUGUUUCUGUUGUGCCAUGGAGACUGGAGUUCGAAUUUACAAUGUUGAACCCCUCAUGGAAAAAGGACACUUGGACCAUGAACAGGUUGGCAGCAUUAUUCACUGUUCUAUGCUACAUCGUUCAAACCUCUUGGCUGUGGUGGGUGGGGGUGUUAACCCAAAGUUUUCAGAGAUAUCUGUGUUAAUCUGGGAUGAUGCUCAUGAGGUCAGAGAUGCCAAGGAUAAAUUAGUCCUAGAGUUCACAUUCACAAAGCCAGUUCUAGCGGUACGCAUGAGGCAUGACAAAAUCAUCAUUGCCUUGAAGAACAGGAUCUAUGUAUAUAGUUUCCCAGACAACCCUGUGAAACUCUUUGAAUUUGACACACGAGAUAAUCCCAAAGGUCUAUGCAAUAUGUGUCCCAGUUUGGAGAAGCAAUUAUUGGUUUUCCCUGGACACAAAUGUGGUAGUUUACAGUUGGUGGACCUUUCUAACACAAAACCUGGUACAUCAUCUGCACCAUUCACGAUCAAUGCUCAUCAGGGUGAAAUAGCUUGCUUGGCUCUGAAUCAGCCUGGCAGUGUGGUAGCCUCUGCAUCGCAGAAGGGUACUUUGAUCCGUCUGUUUGACACUACUACACGUGAUAAACUAGUGGAGCUACGAAGAGGAACUGAUCCUGCCACAUUAUACUGCAUCAACUUCAGCCAUGACUCGUCCUUCCUGUGUGCUUCUAGUGACAAAGGCACUGUUCACAUUUUUGCACUGAAGGAUACCAGACUAAAUCGACGCUCUGCUUUGGCUCGGGUGGGGAAAGUCGGGCCAGUCAUUGGACAAUAUGUAGACAGUCAGUGGUCUCUCGCCAGUUUUACUGUGCCAGCUGAAUGUGCUUGCAUUUGUGCCUUUGGGAAAAACACUUCCAAAAAUGUCAACUCUGUCAUUGCUAUAUGUGUUGAUGGGACAUUCCAUAAAUAUGUCUUCACUUACGAUGGAAAUUGUAAUCGGGAGGCUUUUGAUGUGUAUCUUGACAUCUGCGAUGAUGAUGAUUUCUAAGGAUGAAGUUGACAUUGUGUUUAUUUUAUUAAGCUUCAUUUUAAAAGUUUAUUGCUUUUAUAUACAAAACAGUGAAAGAAAAAUGUGCUUGCUAUAGCUUAGUAAACUUUAAGCAUACUUGUGGGUUAUGUUUUAGGGUUAUGUAAAUCAACUGUGCAAACAAAUCUAAGGCACUUUGUGCAAAGUGAGCAAAAAUGAUUUCUAAACCAUUUUUCUGUGGUGGGUAAUAAUACAGUGCAAUUAUUAAACCUUAAUUAUGCACCUGCUUUUAUGCUGUCCCUAGUGUAGCCAGUAUGCUAUGUUUAGGACCAUCAUUUAUUCAAGGGGAAUAUGUUGUGUUCAUCUAAAAGCAUAUGAAUCACUUAAAACGUCUACAUACCCCUGUUAAAAUUGCAAGUUUUUGUGCUGUAAAAAUCAAGAUGAAUCAUGUCAGAUCAAUUUCUAUAUUUAAUGUGAUGUAGCAACCAACAAAAUUGUAUGGAAACCAUUUUAUAAUGGCUCAUGUGAUGGGGCUCAGAAUUAACCAAUCAUAGUCAAACUUCAAAAGUACUUAUCAUACACCUGUCAUCAAUAAAGUGAUUCUGAUUAAACCCAGCUAAAGAUCA